GAUGGUGCGGCUCGGGGCCGGCGGUUGCUGAGCGGACCCGGACGCAGCUGGACCCGAGCUCCCCGCUCCGGCGCCCGCUGCGGGGUCGCAGCCAUGUCGCUGCUGCAGUCUGCGUUGGACUUCCUGGCAGGCCCGGGCUCUUUGGGCGGCGCUGCCGGCCGCGACCAGACGGACUUCGUGGGGCAGACGGUGGAGCUGGGCGAGCUGCGGCUGCGGGUGCGGCGAGUCCUGGCCGAGGGAGGGUUUGCAUUUGUAUACGAAGCUCAAGAUCUGGGAAGUGGCAGAGAGUAUGCCUUAAAGAGAUUAUUGUCUAACGAAGAGGAAAAGAACAGAGCCAUCAUUCAGGAAGUUUGUUUCAUGAAAAAACUUUCUGGCCACCCCAAUAUUGUCCAGUUUUGUUCUGCAGCGUCCAUAGGGAAAGAGGAGUCAGACACUGGGCAGGCUGAGUUCCUGCUGCUCACCGAGCUCUGCAAAGGGCAGCUGGUGGAAUUUUUAAAGAAAAUGGAACCUAGAGGCCCGCUCUCGUGCGACACCGUCCUGAAGAUAUUCUAUCAGACGUGCAGGGCGGUGCAGCACAUGCACAGACAGAAGCCGCCCAUCAUCCACCGAGACCUCAAGGUGGAAAACUUGUUGCUCAGUAACCAGGGGACCAUCAAGCUCUGUGACUUUGGCAGUGCCACGACCAUUUUGCAUUACCCUGACUACAGCUGGAGCGCCCAGCGGCGGGCCCUGGUAGAAGAUGAGAUCACCAGGAACACCACACCCAUGUACAGGACGCCAGAAAUCGUGGACUUGUACUCGAACUUCCCGAUCGGCGAGAAGCAGGACAUCUGGGCCCUGGGCUGCAUCUUAUACCUGCUGUGCUUCCGGCAGCAUCCUUUUGAAGACGGAGCAAAACUUCGAAUAGUCAACGGGAAGUUCUCGAUCCCCCCUAAUGACACCCGGUACUCCGUGUUCCACGACCUCAUCCGUGCCACGCUGAAGGUCAACCCCGAGGAGCGGCUGUCCAUCACAGAACUGGUCAACCAGCUCCAGGAGAUUGCGGCCGCCAGGAAUGUGAACCCCAAGUCUCCCAUCACUGAGCUCCUAGAGCAGAAUGGAGGCUAUGGGAACCCUGUCCCGCCCCGAGGGCCACCUCCUCCUGGGGGCUCCAGCAGUGGUGGCUACGGCGGAGGCCUGGCACUUGCCGAGUACGACCAGCCCUACGGUGGGCUCCUGGACAUCCUGCGGGGGGGCACCGAGCGCCUCUUCACAAACAUCAAGGACACCUCCUCCAAGGUCAUCCAGUCCGUUGCCAAUUAUGCGAAGGGAGAUUUGGACAUAUCUUACAUCACAUCCAGAAUUGCUGUGAUGUCAUUCCCAGCGGAAGGCGUGGAGUCGGCUAUCAAGAAUAACAUAGAAGACGUACGGUUGUUUCUGGACUCCAAGCACCCAGGACACUAUGCGGUCUACAACCUGUCCCCGAGAACGUAUCGGUCCUCCAAGUUUCAUAACCGGGUCUCCGAGUGUGGCUGGGUGGCCAGGCGGGCCCCAAACCUUCACAGCCUGUACGGCGUUUGCAGGAACAUGCAUUCGUGGCUACGGCAAGACCACAAGAAUGUCUGUGUUGUGCACUGCGUGGACGGGAGAGCCGCGUCUGCGGUGGCCGUCUGCUCCUUCCUGUGCUUCUGCCGGCUCUUCAGCACUGCGGAGGCUGCCGUGUACAUGUUCAGUAUGAAGCGCUGCCCGCCGGGCAUCUGGCCGUCCCACAAAAGGUACAUCGAAUACGUGUGUGACAUGGUGGCAGAGGAGCCCGUCACGCCCCACAGCAAGCCGAUCCUGGUGAAAGCCGUGGUCAUGACGCCAGUGCCGCUGUUCAGCAAGCAGAGGAACGGCUGCAGGCCCUUCUGCGAGGUCUACGUGGGGGACGAGCGCGUGGCCACCACAUCUCAGGAGUAUGACAAGAUGAGGGAUUUCAAAAUCGAGGAUGGCAAAGCAGUCAUUCCCCUGGGCAUAACCGUGCAAGGGGACGUGCUUAUUAUCAUUUACCACGCCAGGUCCACCCUGGGAGGAAGACUGCAGGCCAAGGUGGCAUCCAUGAAGAUGUUCCAGGUCCAGUUCCACACGGGCUUUGUGCCUCGGAAUGCAACUACUGUGAAAUUUGCAAAGUAUGACCUGGAUGCGUGUGACAUUCAGGAGAAAUACCCGGAUUUAUUCCAAGUGAACCUGGAGGUGGAGGUAGAGCCCAGAGACAGGCCCAGCCGGGAGGCCCCACCCUGGGAGAGCACCGGCAUGAGGGGGCUGAACCCCAAAAUCCUGUUUUCCAGCCGGGAGGAGCAGCAAGACAUUCUGUCUAAAUUUGGGAAGCCAGAGCUCCCCAGGCAGCCCGGCUCCACCACUCAGUACGACGCUGAGGCGGGGUCUCUGGAAGCCGCGCCCGUGGAGUCUGAGUCCCCGCAGAGCAGCUGCAUGGAGUCCAGCCGCUUUCUCCACACGCUGCAUUGGCACGAGGAGAGAGACACAGAGACGGGCCCCGAAGCUCACUUUGCCAAGGAGAGCGCGUCAGCCCCAGCCGAGGACGCAGGUGGGAGUGAGCCUUCCGACGAGGACGCGGCGACACUCUCAGCCGAGAGCAGGGACGCGGCUGACGAGGACACGCCAGGCCCAGCAGCGAGGGCGCAAGAGCGAGAGUUGAUUUUUGAUGCGGCCACGCCGCAGGAGCCCACGCUGCAGGACAGUGUCGACCUCCUGGGGCUGAACUCCGAGGCAGGGCUGGCACCCCCCAUGCAGGCCUGCGGGGCAGCCCCCAGUACCGCCGACCUGCUCAGCCGCCUCCUGGGAGCCCCUGACACGGCUCCAGAGGUCCCCCGCGGAGAUCUGCUGGGUGGCGAGGCCCCCCUGCUCUUCGCAAGCCCGGCCGCUUCCUUGAGCUCACAGAGCCCGCCCCGUGAAGGGCCAGCUGCAGCUGCCGACCCGUUUGACCCUCUCCUGCUGCCGUCUGGUCCAGACACCCAGCCCUGCUCCAAGCCUGACCUCUUCGGUGAAUUUCUUAAUUCAGAAUCUCCUGCCGCCGCCCCCGCACCCUUCCCCUCCACCCACAGCGCCCCACCCCCAGCCUGCAGCACCGACUUCCUGCACUUGGGGGAUCUACCGGCAGAGCCCGGCAAGAUGGCGGCCUCCACCAGCCACCCAGAUCUGCUAGGAGGGUGGGAGGCCUGGGCCGAGGUGCCGGCCCCCGCACCCGCUGCGGAAGGUCCCUUCUUCUCUCCAGGAGGCCAGCCUGCCGCCCCCGGCCCCCCAGCCAGCUGGACCAAGUCUCAGAGCCUGGACCCGUUUGCAGACCUCGGUGACCUCAGUUCUGGCCUCCAAGGCUCACCUGCUGGAUUUGCUCCUGGGGGUUUCGGCCCCAAAACAGCCCCUCCUCCCACGGGUGGCAGCUCCUGGCAGCAGACAAAUCGGCCCCCGGCCCAGGGCACCCCGCGGCCCCCCCAGUCCAAGCCACCCCCCAAAGCCUGUGCACAGCCAAGGCCUAACUAUGCCGCCAACCUGAGUGUGAUCGGCAGCCGAGAGGAGAGGGGGGUCCGCGCCCCCAGCUUCGGUCAGAAGCCGAGAGUGUCGGAGAGUGACUUUGAGGACCUGCUGUCCGACCAGGGCUUCUCCUCCAAGGCCGACAGGAAGGGGCCGAGGACCAUGGCCGAGAUGCGGAGGCAGGAGCAGGCGAGGGAUGCGGACCCCCUCAAGCUGAAGCUCCUGGAGUGGACCGAGGGCAAGGAGAGGAACAUCCGUGCCCUGCUCUCCACCCUGCACACUGUGCUGUGGGAUGGCGAGAGCCGCUGGACACCCGUGGGCAUGGCCGACCUGGUGACCGCUGGGCAGGUGAAGAAACAUUACCGCCGCGCGGCGCUGGUGGUGCAUCCGGACAAGGCCGCGGGGCAGCCUUACGAGCAGUACGCCAAGAUGAUCUUCAUGGAGCUGAACGACGCGUGGGCCGAGUUCGAGAGCCAGGGCUCCCGGCCCCUCUUCUAAGCCGGUCGUGGUCGAGGCCGUGUGUGUGGCUCACGGAGCCUGAAGCUGCUGCGCUCAACCCCCGGGGGCCCGUCCGUGGCCGUCACGGCGUGGGCUAGUGUGGCCACCCCGGAUCGCUGUGCCCACUGUCCUCGGUGGACUCGACAGACGCCGCUCCCCGGCAUGAGAAGAAAGAGCGUUCCAAAGCCUCUGAUUUUCCUUUUCUUUUUCUGGUCCCAAAGGAAAUGUUGAUUACGCGCCCCCCGUAACUGUCACGGUUUGUGAUUCCUUUCAUUUUGUCCAGUGGCCAAGGCCUCUGCCCGCGGUAGAGUGCGCUGCUCAGCUGUCCUGCCCUGAACCCCGUGCGCGAACACUCCUUCUGUGUGUGAUCAGCCUGGCGGCCGCCUGUACACAAUUAAACUAUUUUCCGAUGACGCUUGUCUUGGUGCCGUGUGACCUUCUCUGGGCAGUGGUGCCAUCAUCAGGCUGGUCUCGGCCCUGCCCACGGAGAUGAGCACAGGAACCCGCCGGCGAACAGCGGACUCGGGCCUCUGUGGGCCUCCGGGCAGCGUGGCUCUGGGUCUAGGGGUCGGCCCUCACCGUGAGCACUGGACAGGCCCCACGGUCACUGCGCAUGGGCAGAACAGAACGAUGCUGGCCCAAGUCCACGUCCCACCAGGUCCCUCCUCCGCAGAGGGGGGCAGACACGGGCUCUUCGGAUGCUGCUGUUGAGGAAAUUCAAAGCAAGAGCUUUCUUUGAUGAGAAGCCUGUUGAGGUGCCGGCUGUCCGGUCCUGCAUGGUCACUCUGUAUGCGGGCUUGGGGGGGCACCUGUCAGCACGAAGCUUUGGUCAGAAGUGAUGUUACAAGCUCCCAGGGUCAUCCUGCUCCUGUCCUGGGCUGGCCUGGGCCGAAGCUGCCACGCAGUCUGGUCAGCGCUGCAGGCCUCAGGGAGCUCGUGUGUGGUCCCUUUUGGCGGAAUCCAGUGUGAUACCGGAGAGAAGGAGGAUUCCGUGGACUGGAGAGGGGCAGCCUUUGCCGUGCGUCCCGUCGCAUGGGUGGGAUGUAGGAGUUGGUGUGGACUUGAACCAUCGGUCAGUAAGGCCUGGGUGUCAGCCCGUAAACACCAAGUGGACGGCUCGCGUCCGGGCCGCCGCGAGCCCAGCACCAAUGUCCCCAGGUAGAGGCCUCACCUAGAGUUGGACACCGGAAGCUCAGACCCCACCUUCCCCUGCCAGUGACCACAUUGGCCCGAGACUCGCCAGCCCUGUGGGUGUGCAGCGCACGAGGCCCGGGGCUCGGAGGAAGGAGAGGCUCUGGCCUUUUGCCCUGGGGUCCCGUGGCCGCAGAACCAAACCAGAGGCUGGGACCCCGCCUGCCCUCUGGCCCUUGGGCUUGGCCCCCUCCGCUCCCCUCCCGGCACCCCUGCAGCUCUGAGUCUGGAUGGGGGGGCGGGGAGAAGGUGGGUCUGGGCCUCGGCGCCAUCCCUUUGCAGAGGUGACGGGUUCCCAUGGUGGUCCGGGGCCCCACGGUGUGCUGAGUGACUCAGGCCCCUGCGGGCAGGCUCCCUGUGUUUGUUAUGCGUUCGCUGCUAUUUUUAGUCUCCAGCUCUUUCAACAGAUAAUGAGCGGCCUAAAUAUCUUCAGAGAUUUCACAUCAAAGCUGCUCUGGAUCCGGCACUGGGGCCAGACCCUCCAGGAGCCCCUCCCCAGCCCGUGCUGCCCUGGGAGAGGGGAGCUGCAGCAGCCCACCCGCCCCCUUAGUUUCUGCUUUUGGCACUGGCCCUAAUUUACUUAGAGUGACAUUCCAGAGGUUUCCACCUGCCCGGCCCACAGAGCUCUUAGCCUCCAGGCCACAGACCCAGUGUGGGGGCUGUUCCAGUGCCCUGGCCUGUCCCCUGACUGGGGGGCUGCAGUGAGGAGUACAGCCAGCCCGUCAUGGGUCCUGGGGGCGGGGGGCGACGGACUCACAUAAGGGACCCAGCAGAGGAGCUGCCUCCCCAGGCUGCCCCCUUCUAUAAACCCAGGACCCCGUGUCCACCCCGGGUCUGCAGAGGAUGCCCCCACCCCCGGUGACUGGCGUCCUCGGCCACGGAGGGACACCGCUCUGCUGGGUGUGUGGCCCAUGCUCUGCUGGGUGUGUGACCCAUGCCCCCCUCCCUGCCUGCUCCCAGACUGCGGGCGUUGCCUGCUCCCCGAGCCUGGGGUCCUGGCCUCGGUGUUCGUGGAUUUGUCUUUGUGCCCUAGUGACUCGUCCCCGUUCCUUCCAGCAACUGCUGUGUGUUUCUUGCGGCAACUUGGGGGUGGUCUCUGUGGUUCCCGUGUAGGAUGGUCUGAGAAGUCUUCCGUGUCUCCCUGCCAAGGGGGCCCCUUCCAAGGCUGGCCACACCCUCAGGCAGCGUGGCCUCGGGCAGCGAGGCCUGUGUUCUUGGCUCCAGCGCAGAAGACGGCCUGGCCGGUAGAGCACACGACUCUUGAUCUCAGGGU